UUUUACGCUGCCAUUUUGUCCGGCAGAGCAGCAACCAACCAGCCAGUCAGUCGGUCCGUAAAAAGAAACCUCUGGCGAGACUUUUUCAGACAGCAGGACGGGACGGGACUGUCGGUUUAAAAAAAACAACGAGCCGAUAAUGUGGAGGCGACAGCGAAAGGACAGCACCAACCGAGCCUGAGGACCGAGAAGGGGAAACAACGGAGCUAAAGGAGCUGUCAUUUUUUAACUUAACGGGUCCGCCGGCUCGGCUCUUCAGUCAAGACUAACGCCCGCUCGCUCGCGCUCGCUCUGGCUGGCUGGCAGGUUAGCUAACCCCCGCUAGCAUCUCGGCUAACACCCACCGCUCCUCGCUUUCCUUUCUCACCGGGAGAAACGACACCUGCCCUGGCUGUCAGUUUCACAGUCUCCUCUUAUAACCUCCAAACAAUGCGCUGCUCAAUUCUGAGUGACUUUUUUACGCCCGAGGGGGGUUUUAACACACACUUUGCCAAGCGACCUGUGAUAGCUAACUAAACAGUCCAAAGCUAACAAGUUGACGUGGAGGAGGAACUCGAGAUUUUUUCUUUUUUUUUUCUUUUUUUUUUGGAUUGUCGAGAUUGUUGUUGAUGGAUUCACGGAUUACUUUUGUUUAAAUUUGCUUUCUCCGAGGUGGACUUAUCUCUUGCGGUGACCCCCGAAACAAAGCAUCCAGGUUACAAACCAGCCAGUUAGCUAUGUUUAUGUUUAUUUGUGGCCAGAAAGUAAUUUCCAGUGAUUACAAAUUCCACAGUGGGACUCUUUCUUGGUUCGAGUACUGCAACGGAAACAUUAGCUAACACAGACUAGCUCAGAUUAGUGUCGUCGUGUUUUGUUUACUAGAUAGAUAGCUAGAUAGUUGGAAUAAACUGUUGCCAAAACUACAAAAGCUUACUGCAAAUCAGCUGUUGAUUGUGGUUUUCAGUGCAAAGCCAAUCAGAUAUUCUUGUACCUGCAUAUUUUUUUUUGUUGCCAUCAGUGAUCUGACUUUGCUGCAGGCUGCACAGGUUUUGUACGCACCUGGAAAGAGGAAAAAAAAACACAGUUCGCCUCCCCCUUUACCUCCACUUGACAGUGAAGUCACGUUGAGUUGUGUCCCGCAGGGAGUUGAUCCAUUGAUCGGAUCGUUAUUGUGAUAUUUUAGCUGAUUGAGGGGAAAAAAGAAAGCAGAGAGAGAAAGAGAAGCGAUGUCGGGCCAGUCUAUCACGGAUCGGAUCGCAGCAGCGCAGCACAGCAUGACCGGGUCUGCUAUCAGCAAGGCUGUGUGCAAAGCCACCACACAUGAAGUCAGCGGACCCAAGAAGAAACACCUUGAUUAUCUGAUCCACUGCACUAAUGAGAUGAACGUGAACAUUCCCCAGCUGGCGGACACGCUCUUCGAGCGCACGGCCAACUCCAGCUGGGUGGUGGUCUUCAAAGCCCUUAUCACCACCCACCACCUCAUGAUGUACGGCAACGAGCGUUUCAUCCAGUACCUGGCCUCCAGAAACACUCUGUUUAACCUGAACAACUUCCUGGAUAAGGGAGCUCUGCAAGGUUAUGACAUGUCAACCUUCAUCAGAAGAUACAGCCGUUACCUGAAUGAAAAGGCCAUGUCCUACAGACUUGUGGCUGUGGAUUUCACCAAGAUGAAGAGGGGGAUCGACGGUGUGAUGCGUACCAUGAGCACAGAGAAGCUGAUUAAGACGCUGCCCAUCAUUCAGAACCAGCUGGAUGCUCUGCUGGAUUUCCAGGCCAACCCUAAUGAGCUGACCAACGGAGUGAUCAACUCAGCCUUCAUGCUGCUCUUCAAAGACUCCAUAAGGCUGUUUGCUGCUUACAAUGAAGGGGUCAUCAACCUACUGGAGAAAUACUUUGACAUGAAGAAGAACCAGUGUAAAGAUGCUCUGGACAUCUACAAGAAAUUUCUUUACAGGAUGACGAAGCUGUCAGAGUUCCUCAAAGUGGCCGAGCAAGUUGGAAUAGAUCAGGGUGACAUCCCAGACCUCUCACAGGCCCCCAGCAGCCUCCUGGAGGCUUUGGAGCAGCACCUGGCCUCUCUGGAGGGCAAGAAGACCAAGGAAUUGAAUGCAGACACCAGAGCAUCCACCCUGUCCAGCGCCGUCUCGUCUCUCUCCUCCACCGGCAUGUCAUUCAGCCGCAUGGAUGAAAAGGAGAAGCAGCAGGCCCUGGAGGAGGAACAGGCCAGACUGCAGGCUCUUAAGGACCAGCGCCUGAAAGAGAUCAGCAUGCAGACUCCGCCCUCUGCCUCCCCCAGCAGCCAGUCGAUAGGCAGUGCCAACAACAACCACGUCACACAAACCCCAGAGUUGUUCAGCUCCACGAUGUCUGCCAACAGUGUGCCCAACCUGAACAGUGACCUGUUUGAUCUUCAGCCGGCCUUCAUCCCUGCUGUGCAGAGCACUCCUUCCAUCUCCACCGCCAACAGUGCCUGGGGAGGAUUGGAGAGCCAGCCUCUGCAGCAGACCGCCACGGCCAUGACCGUAGAUUUCGAUGCUGUGUUCGGGAGUAAGGCCGCGCCCAGCGACAACGGCCCGCAACCUGCACCCGGUUUUGAUGCUCUAGGAGACCUGUUGAAGCCAACAGUUCCCACACACACCGCGCCUCCUCCUCCUCCUCCUCAAAUGGCCAUCCAUCCCGGAGGAAAGCUGCUAGCCAACGACCUCGACUCCUCUCUGGCCAACCUCGUGGGCAACCUGCAGUUUGGUGGGACCCCAGCCAAGAAGCCAGAGAUGCAGUGGAACCAACCCGGAGAGAAGAAGCUGACGGGGGGCCAGAACUGGCAGAAUAAGACCAUGUCGACCACACAGUGGGGCCCGGCGCCCAUGGCUCCACAGCCCAUGCCUGUACCACACGUGGCUCCAGCUCCCAUGGCUUUCCCCAUGACCACACCGCAAGUGCCUGUGUAUGGAAUGGUCCCUCCCCAGAUGGGUCAGAUGGGCGGGGUACCAGUGAUGGCUCCUCAGCCAAUGAUGUACAACCAGCCUGUUCUCAGACCCACUAACCCCUUCGCACCCAUGCCCGGAGCCCAGAUGCAGUUUAUGUAAUCCAGUCAGGGGGGAAGCAGAGUGCCAAAAGCGACAAACAAACAGCAGAAGAAGAAGAAGAAGAAAACACACAAAGAGGACGAUCAGAUGGACGGAGGAAUGAUUUGAUCAAGCUAAAACGACUAAGAGACAGACAGACGACAAGAUAACCAACCGACACCAAAAAACAAGCUGGAAAGACGAGGAGAAGAUGACCCUAACAGAGGAUGGAGGGAUGUGGGGAGGAGGAAGGGGGGAGGACGUCAUCCUGCCUGGUCGUUGUCUGAAACAACUCCUUGCAAACGUGCGUGUGUGUUUGUGUGUGUGUGUGUUGCUACUUUCUGUUAUAUUGUCCGAUUUGUGUUUUAAAUCCUAUCGAUGGAGUGACGAUUCAGGAGACGGUAUAACGAUGAGAGAGAAAGAUGGAAGGAAAGAUGAAAGAGGAGAGGAGAGGGGAUGUAGGAAAUCCUACCUCUGGUUUUCAGUCAGACUGUAUCUGACUGCCGUGAGAGUCUCAGCUGCAGAAUUAGCUUUAUUUCAUACUGGUGCUAUUUUGUCCCCUCUGGGUUACUGUCCGCCUGCAACGGCAACUUGGGAGCACUUAGCAGAGGACAAGUGUUUGUUUAGUGUGUGUGUGUGUGUGUGUGAGAGAGAGAAGGUGUGUGUACCUGUAGUAUGUUUGUACGUGCGCAGCAGUUGUUUCAGACAAUACCUUCGCAACCGACCUCCUCUCCAUCCCCUCCCUCAUUCGCUGUCUGCGUCCGCAACUGUCCAAUCAGCGAGAGAUUUAGAGGCAAAUCUUCUCAAAGUGUGUUUUCCCGUAGUUUUCCGCUCUGUUGGGGGGAUAUCUUUGUAUUUUUCGAUCCGUUUCCUUCUGCAACCUCUCCUGAAAUGUCCUGAAUAUCGGGGCUUGUACAGCAAUUUGUUGAACCAUUUGUUAAUAGUAGAUGAGCGUUUGUUGUUAUGGGUUUUAAGCUGAAGUCUCCAUACUGCAUUCAUUUCUCCUCCUAAAGCUACAGAUACACACAGAUAUACAGGGGUUAGCGGUGACAACAUGCUAGCACGGCGCAGAUGUGUCUAAACUGUCUGUGAACCAAAUUUUACAAUAUAUUACAAUAUUUUUCUUAAGGCUUGGUCACACCAGACAGUGGCAGAACAUAAAUCAUGUGCGUCUUUGUAAAAUAUUUGGUUCUAGAGGCUUCGAGAGCUAACCGCUAACGUGCUAGCCAGCCGGGAACAAGCUAGCGCUACGUCACAAUAGCUCCUUUCUACUGUCUCCUGGCAUUUUGUUCUCCAGAUUGUAUAUAAUUUAAUUUAAUAAAGAGUUACUGAAGUGGGAAAAGAAUCUUGAGCUAAUCUUGUUGAUAAGUAAGCUCUUCAUAACCGUCUCAAGCAGCGGAGGGUUAAAUAAAAGUGGAUGAUGCAACACAGCUAAUGAGCUACGAUAGCUUCCUCCAUUUUGGACUCUCCCCUCCGCCAGCACUGUCAAGACAGCUUACUACUGGUUAGUGGCACAAAUUAGUGUGUCAAACAUACCAAAAGUUGAACCUGAUGUAAAAAAAUUAGCGUGGAUGUGAGCUAAUCUACUGAUCAAAGCAAUUCCAACAGAAUGAAUCGAUUUUGCACCAAAUUUCAGCGUUUUGUUUUUUUUUUAAGUGCUGGUGUGACCUCACCUUUAGCCAUACAUGUUUAUCAUUGACCGUUUUUGCUGCUUUUACUCUUUGCAGAGUCUAAAAUGACAGACAUUUGUUAAUUCGCCACGCUAAAGAGGCUACAGGGUGUUUAUUAGCAUACAUCACCUGUUAGCGCCUGGAUGACCUGCGUGUAUCUGUUCUUAUUGUCUUCAUCAGCUCACCAACCAGAUUCAGACAUCAAAGGUUUCUAAAAUAAAAAAAAAAGAGCUUUUUCAUUCGGAACAAGCUAUUGGCAGAUCCACAUUAUGUGCCAAUGAUUAAUGACAGCAGCACUGAGUGAGUGAGUUAAAUGUUACUGAAUCAAAUUCAUUUUAAAUUGCACUGAGUCAAAGUGAGUAGCUUCAAGUGUGACUCUCGUCUGCACCGAGAGCCAAACGACACUGAACCUUUGGCAUCACUCUCGCUCUUGUGGUUCCAGGAAAUUUUGGAAAUCAAAUUUGGAAUUUUUUUUUAUGAGGUCAUGGCCAUUCGUCAGCCAAAGCAUCCGUCGCCAUGAUUUUGACUGUUGGAAUAUUUUAGGCAUUUUUAGUGAGUGUUCACGUGUGUGUUCGCACAGUUGUGUGUAUGUUUUCCAUUGAGGGCUAUUUCUGAGGGUCAAAGUGUGUCAAAUUUUGAGCCGAAUAUGAGCCAGCGAGUUUGACACGGUACGUGCUUGUUUUGUUUUUGUAAAAUCGAAUUUUGUUGCAAAAUGCACAUGCGAGAAUUUUGCACUGAAGUGACUAUCGUGCCGUAGUAGAGCUGUCGCCAGUUUUUCUGGCGCGAAAGUUGAAAAAAAAAGGAGAUUUGAAGUUUGUAUAGAUAGUUUGGGGUUUUACAAUAACAAGUUUGUCUAAUCUACCAGCCACUUUGGCAGGUAACUAAAAGUUAUUUUCCUGCCGUUCUAACAAUGAACUUGAAACUUUUUUUGUAAUCCCGUCCCCCCCCCCGGUCCCAGUCCAGCGUCUACAUCCCAACCAUCAGUGAUAGUCCAGUUGUAUCGCACCCAUCACCCACUCUGCUGUGAAAUCUCUAGAAUCUUGCUUCAGUCUCUCAACUCUGUCUAGUCGGUCUAUCUCUAGAAUGCUUUUUUAGCCUGCUUCGGCACUGUUUGGUAUGUGUAGAUAUGUAAAAAAAAAAAAAAAAAAAUUAAAAAAAUACUAAUAAUAACCAGUUUCUGUCUAGAUUGUCUGCUCACGCCAUCAUUGUUGGAUAGUUAUUGCUCUUAGACGCUUCUUGUCGCAGUCUUGUGUUAGCUUUAGACUCUCUUCAUCGUAUCCUCCUCGUAGAAACACCUCCUGCUGUAGGUUUUCCCCACCUUGUCCAAUCCUCUGCCGGUGUCUAGUAACUAUAGCUCUAUUAUCUCUCUUGGUGUCUCUGUCUUUUAGCUGUAAGCCUUUCGGAGGCUCCUCCGGUUCAGGCUUUGUGGUUCGCUUUUCUCUAGCUUUUAGCGCGCACUUUCUUCUCACCGUUAGCAUCGCUCCGGUGUCCGGUAGAUAAGGUCCUCGUCUUUUUUUUUUCUUUUCUUUUCUUUUUUUUUUUUCUUCCCACGUCUCAACAACAUCAACCAUCUCCGCCUCUGGUAAUGAUGUCAGCAGCCUACAAACGGUCUCUGAUUGGACUGUUGAAGCUAGACAGCGAAUCACAUGCGUGGAUAUCCAGGUCUUUUGCGGCAAACGGGAGACUUUGUUGGCUAACGGAGAGACAUAUAGCACUAGCCACUUUGGCGGUCCACCAGCCGUUGUGCAGGGGUAUUUCUCAGUGUAUUUUAAACAUCUGUUUGGCAUUUUCUAGUAUUGGGAUAGUUGAACAAAGCUCCAAGUUAGAAAUAAGGAAACAUUUAGUUUAAUUCUUGGUUUUUGUGCCAAACCAUCUCCAAAAGUUUGUUCAUGGAGCUGAAAAUCCUUCUCUCCAAGAUCUAAAACAAAGGUACCUCUUUUGCUUUUGGCUUCCAGCUUGAACACUCAUAAAACUAUUAUCUUAAUGGAUGUCUGUGCUUUUUGGCACUAAAAAUGACUUCUAAUAAUGGUUCUUUAUUUUCUGGGAUUUACUGUCUCUAAUCUGCUGUGAUAAAUUGGCUCUUCGGAAAAAAGAGAAGUCGAUCCAGAAUCGGGUCAUCACCACACUGCAUCUGGAAAAUAAAAAUAAUUCAUAUCAGGUCUAACUGCAGAUCUGUUUAGUUGGUAAGAAAAUCCUCAGAAUAUAAAAUUGUUUGGUUUUGGUGUGUCAAACAGUGAAAUCAGUGCCAGGAUGUUUAUUUUCAGAAUCUUCUUAAUGAAGGUUAAAUCAAAUGGUAUAAAAGCUGUUUAUCCGAUGAACACAGCUCUUAAAUCGACACAUUGUUUUCUUCUAACUCAGUUUUUUUUUUUUAAACUUUUCCUUUUCCUUUCCAUCCAUUGUUCCUUUUUAUAAUGAAAUUUCUCUGCAUGGAAUCCAA